GUGGUGUGGUUAUUCUUUGAUAUUUAUUACGCUUGCCGAAUUAUAAUUUUUCAUAAAUAAAUACUAUGAUUUGUCAGUCCUUCUCCCUAUCAAUAGUGAAUUAAAACUUCUAUAUAUCGUUUACAACAAUGGCGAAUCACUACGAGGUUCCUAAUUGGGCGGGUAAACCACCGACUGGACUCCAUUUAGACGUGCUAAAGGGCGAUAAAUUAAUACAAAAAUUAAUGAUAGACGAAAAAAAAUGUUACCUCUUUGGACGCAAUCCCCAAAUGAAUGAUUUCUGUAUAGAUCACGCUAGUUGUUCAAGAGUGCAUGCCGCAUUUGUAUACCAUAAACAUUUGAAUAGAGCCUUUUUGGUAGAUUUGGGCAGCACUCAUGGCACUUAUAUUGGUCAAAUGAGGUUGGAAGCAAACAAACCAACACAAUUGCCAAUUGAUUCAAAUUUUCAUUUUGGAGCCUCUACAAGAAAUUAUAUUAUUAGAGAGAGACCAACAGGUAAUUCUCGAGGCAUCAUGGAGGAUCUACCAAAUACAGAACAAGAGGGUGCUUUACUAGGAUUGCCUGAAACACAAACUGAAUUAGAUAAUUUAACAGAAUUUAAUACAGCACAUAACAGAAGAAUAUCUAUGUUGGGCAUAUCAACUGAUGAUGGCACGGAUGUUAUGAAGCCACCAACAGGCACCAAGAGAUCAGCAUCAAUGCCCGCCGGGAUGACAAAGAAAAUGAAAAGAAAUGUCUCCUUCAACGAAGAGGUGGAUAUCAUCAAUCCUGAAGACAUAGACCCUACCAUUGGCAGGUUUAGGAACCUAGUCAAAUCUACCAUAGUGCCAAAUGCUAAUACUCCACCUAGGAAACUCAAGUUGCAGAGUGCUGAUGAUAGUCAGCACCACCACUCACUGCGGUUGCAGGAGAUAUCGCGGGGGAACAACUUGUAUUCUGAUCUUCCAGCGCCCAGUUCGCAUCUCAGUCUUAUUGGUGCAAGACUGGGUCUCUUGCUGCCGAAUCCCGCGCCGGACGUGGAACUGGAAGGUCCAGAGCCACAUAUCAGUAUACAUCCACCUCUGCCGAACUCUGCUCCAGAAGAUGCGGGACCCUCGAGCGAGCCAAAGAAGAAGAAGUACGCGAAGGAAGCGUGGCCCGGCAGGAAACCUGGCCUAAUUCCGGGUGUAUGAACGUAACUCUUACAUCACUAGUUGUAGCAAUAAGUGUUAAGCAAUUAGGUCAAAAUUUCGGCCAAUAUUUGGCCAAUAUCUGUCUUGGUGCCUUCGCCACUCAUAGCGUGGCCGUUAUAAUACAGAUUAAGUGACGAUAGCAAAAUAGGAAAUUAAGAAAUACACUUCUCUAAUUAGUGAACUUGUAUGAAUAGGUUUUGUCUAGGUCAGUUUGAGUGCGUAGCGGUUUCUAUGUUAAUUGUCGUAUGCCUAAUCCUUGUUAAUGUGUAUUUACAAGAAGAACAUUUAUUUAAAAGAGCAACACGCAAGUUUCUUGCUCUAUCUUCUUGUGACGAGUCAGCUUUUCGAAUGAGUGGUAGAAUAAUAAAAAGUGACUAUUCAAAAAUGCUUAUAUUAAGCUUAUUUGGAUAAAGAUUAUUUCUAUUUCCUCUAUUUCUAUUUGUUUAUGCAAUUGGAAUGGUAAACAUACUAAUGGCCCACCUGAUGGUAAGUGGUAACAGUCACCUAUAUACAUGAACAGCAUCACAGACAUCACGUUAUUAUGUGAGACCUGUGAUACCACUAAUUGUCAUUCCUGAGGACAAAGGUAUCAAACAUCUUGUCUUGUAAUUUCACUUCCUAAUCUGACCCGAUAACCAAAACAUAGCUUAAGAAGCAAGCUGCUUGAAGGGUGAAAUAGGUGAGACUUUCAAUCGCUUCCAAACUCUCCAAAUAUUCCCACACAGAACUCUGCAUUCGUAAAAGAUUAUUAACACGCAAGAUUUGGUUAGAUAUCACUAAAUAACUGUCACCUAACAGUUAGGGAGUGAAAUAUCGAGGUCCUAAAAUAUAAGACCCUUAAGGACUUAGUAGACACCUAAAGGUUGGUGAAAACGAAUUUCAUACUAGUGGACCCCUAAACUGACGUUAAGUGGCCCCUAAACUUAAGUAGACGUUGGUGAAAACAAGCAUG